AUGACGACCCCCAAGGAAUCCGAGAAGAAGGGCGACGAGCCCAUCAAGGCCGGCGCACCGAGGCCCGAGAGCACGCCCAAAAGCGAUGAUGCGGCCAAGAAGGCGGUGCCCUCCAAGAAGCGGAGGAAGGUCAAUCAUGCAUGCAUCUACUGCAGACGUUCGCAUAUGACCUGCGAUCUCGAACGCCCUUGCACCAGGUGCAUCAAGCGCAACAUUGGGCACCUCUGCCACGAUGAGCCCCGAGAACCCGUCAAACGGCAAAAGACGGACACGCCGAGCGUCAUGGAGGAUGAGAACUCGGCUCCCACGCGGGAUUCGGAGAACUCGCUGGGGCGUGCCGCAUCGCAAGAUGCAGGGCUGGCCCUGGGGCCGCCUCCGCCGCCGCUGCCUCGCGGCCUCCCACAGCCGGCAUCGGUCUCUGCGCCGCACGCUCAAAGCAUUCCCGGCAACAAUACAUCGUCAUUGAACUACAAUGACUGGAUUUUUGGUGCGCCGAGCAACUUUCAAGACAUGCAUGCGCUCAACCCUUCCUUCAUGUUCAACGCGUCCGAGGCCUCAAACGAAUACAGCAUCUUCAACGACCUCAACAUCCUUAUGGACGACGGCGCCCUCUACAGCAGCGAUGAAAUGAACCAGCUCUUCUCGGACCCUUCCCUUACUAACACACCGGGCGUUCUCAGCCAGAGCAAUGCCAUUUUCCAGGGGAACCAGCCGAGUAACCAGCUCCUGCCUCCUUCGCAGGCUGCAGCCGCCAACACGAUAACCCGACCGCCCAGCAGCUUCCCAUUGGACAAAGCCCGAGAGGCUUAUUACAUGACGGCCGCUGAUCCCGCAGGGACCGACACGCCCGAGGAACGCAUGAACAAGCUGCUCAAGGCCAAAUUUGACGCAGGUAUGCUCAAGCCCUUCAACUACAUCAAGGGUUACGCACGUCUAUACCAAUACAUGGAGCAGCGGUUCCAACCCAUAUCGCGGCAGAAGAUCCUGCGUUGCAUGGAUCGCUUUAGACCAAAGUUCCGCGAGCGUGUCCAGACAUUGACGGAUAUUGAGCUUGUGCGGGUUGAGAUGUGGUUUGAGCGAUGCUUGAUGGAGUACGACCGCGUAUUCGCCAGCAUGGCCAUCCCGGCCUGUUGCUGGAGGAGAACGGGCGAGAUUUUCCGUGGAAACAAGGAAAUGGCGGAAUUGGUACAUGUGCCAAUGGAUAAUCUGCGCGAUGGCACUCUAUCACUACACCAGAUCGUCGAAGAAAAAUCGCUCGUCAACUAUUGGGAAAAGUUUGGCGCCAUCGCGUUCGACGCUUCGCAGAAGGCCAUCCUGACCAUGUGUUCGCUGAAGAAUCCAAACCCAGACUCGAAAGAUCCAGAAAUCCGUUGCUGUUUCUCCUUUACCAUUAGGAGAGACGCACACAACAUCCCGUCUUUAAUUGUAGGAAACUUUCUACCAAUCAUUCGCGACGAUUCGUAA